AUGGCCUCCCUGCCCAAGAUUGCGUCACGGAGUUCUCUCCAAGCCCCAUCGGCCACAAAGCCAUGGUCGUACCAUCUCACCCUCGAUACCCUCCUGGGAGUGUCAAAAAGGACCAUUCUCAGUCCAUUCAUCGCUUGGGUCAUCGUCCUUUGCCUCCGUGCUCAGGUCACGCCGACGACAGACUUGGAAUUCAUCAUUUCUGUUGCAUAUGCGACGAUACUCACUCUGCUCCUCAUUGCCCGGAUCAUCAACCACCGCGUCGCGUAUGGUGUCCCGCGUACGGUUGACCCCGCAAACGAGGUUGUCUUGGUGACGGGCGGCGCCAGUGGACUUGGAUUGCUGAUUACGCAAAUCUACGCCAUGAAAGGAACCAGUGUGGCGGUCCUGGACAUCAAGGAGAUGGGGGACAAAGAGCAAGAUGAAGUGUUUGGGGAGAAUGUGCAAUAUAUUCAAUGCGACGUAGCCGAUCACCGUGCUAUAGUAACAGCUAAAGAAAAGAUUAAACAGGAGCUAGGGACACCGACUAUCAUCAUCAACUGCGCUGCAGCCAGAAUCAACGGCAAGCCACUAUUGCAGCUGCCAGCAAAAGAGUUUGAGAAGACCAUUCGCACCAACUUGAUGGCUGCAUUUUCUCUCUAUCAGACUUUUGUCCCUGACAUGAUUACAGAGACGGAGAACGGAGGUACCGUAGUUACUGUCAGUUCAGUACUAGGCCAAUUGUCUCCAGCAGGGCUGUCAGACUACUCAGCGAGCAAAGCAGGACUCAGCGCAUUGCACCGUACGAUGGAAGCAGAACUUCGACAAGAGGGGCACAUCAAGUUGUUGCUUGUUGAAACCGGACAAAUGGCUACACCUCUUUUUGAUUGGAUCCGCACUCCGAGUCACUUCUUCGCUCCUGUGCUGGAGCCGGUCGAGGUCGCUCGCGAAAUUGUAGCCGCCGUGGACAGCGGCCGCGGUGGAGUUUUGAGAUUACCCGCAUUUGCGACACUCGUCAGUUGGUAUGCUGUGCUGCCAGCGGCAGUACAGCUUAUGGCACGGGGUCUGAGUCGCAUCGACAACGCUGUUGCUUCGGGUACCCAACAACGGGAUGAAAGUACACAUGGACAUCUGCAGCAAUCUGACAAGAAGGCAAACUGA